AAUCCAAUCCAGAAAAAAAGCUUAGGAGGGUCAAGGAGGGCACUCUGUCGUGGUUGUGCGUGUUGAGUGGAGAACAUGAACAUGUCUCGCGUUUCUCGACUGGCCGUUGUGGCACGGAAUUUCACUACCUCAGCGAUCCGAAGGAGUGGUCACGAUGACCACGACACCAGCGGCAUUCCUGGUUCGAACUUGCCCUUCAAGAUCAAUAACAAGUAUGGACUGACCAUCAAGUUUGCCCUCUUUUUCGGAAGUGGCUUCGCGGUUCCUUUCUUCGCUGUUCGACACCAACUCCUGAAGCAGUGAUGUAGU